CGCUGUGCUAACACGCGUUCAUGGAGUUUUAAAGAUCUUAAUUAGUUCAGAAAUUGUGCAAUAAGUAAUAGUGUGGGAUGGUUAGUUUUGUCUCAGGAAGCAACAGCUAUGCGCCAGAGUCUUAACAAAGGCAUCUUUAUAUCGUCUGCGUGUACUCUUAAUCAAAACAGCGCAGGUGUAAUUUAAGCGUCAAAUGCUGACAGAUAAGUAAUCAAACUGGCAUACGUCAGUUCUGAUUACAUCAGCUUUAGGUUGAAGACAUGUCAAAUUGCAGCAGUUCACUCCAUCUCGGUGCCAGAUGACCAUGUGCAGUGCCACGGUGUGGACGAGCACCAAAAGUUCAAGAACUAAACUCGUUUGUGUUACCGACGACGUGGACAGAAUAAGAUUGUCCAGGACGACAGAGUUCAAGCUGAUUGCAAGACCACUGAGUCCCGACAUCAGUCCUCAGCCGUCUCUAGGAGAUGACUGUGCUUCCGAUCAAAGGAUCAUUAUCGACCGACAGCUCAAGAACCGGAACUUGAAUGUUGAAUGUGACAGGUCAUCUUAUUUGCGACCUCAGUCUCGGUGUACGAGAACUCUCGCAAAUAAUCGAGUUAUAACGCAUGUUUCAGAUGAUUUUUGUGGACAUGCUGACCCAUCAACCACGCAGCCUGCAUUUCUCGACCGUAUGAAAGUCAGAUUUGCUCAGUUUAAGGCAUCAGUUGUUCCCUCCUAAUAUCUCCAGCAACAACACAGCCUUUGUCCAAAGGUGAUGGAAAGUGACUGCCGUUCAGGAUGGUGUUGACGUGCAAAAAAGUGAAGACUGUGUCUCAGAAAAAUAAGUUUUGUCAAUAGUGUAAUUCUGGUUGUACCAUACAUUAUUGGCUGCUAUUGCAGAUACAUGUUUAUUCAUUUUUUAAAAUAUGCUAAGCAUAUUUAAUAAGUAAUCUUUGUCCCAAGUAUUGUGCACCAGGACCAUGGUUCUUUUCUGACACUAAGCUGCUGCAGUUUACUGCAUUGGAAACCAUUAAAGGACCAUGCUAUA